CCUCCCCUCUUCCUCCUCCUCCUCCUCCUCCUCCUCUUUUUUUAUUUUUUCUUGCUUGCUGCUUCCCCAGUGCUGCAGGUUGAAUCCAUUGCCCCUAUUUCCUGUCACAUGGUUUUGGAAAUCGGAUCCCUGCUUUCUACUAUCUGGUCUCGUCGCCGUGGUGUCAGUGUGGAAGUAGCUAUAGGACCUGCCUUGAAGUUCAGGGACUUUUAACGCCGGCCAAAGCUCGAGUCCUGCACAGACUCAGACAGCCAGUCAACCAGCCAGUUAGUCAGUCAGACAGACAGACAGACAUACAGCCAGUCAGUCAGUGAGUCCAGCAGCCCGUCGCUCUGCGCAUCCGUCCGUCAGGCUGCGCUUCACCUGAGGAGCCAGUUCGGACUCUUCGGUCACACCAUGGAUUCCUGGACCGUCACCUCUGCUCUUCUUCUCGCUGGGCUUAUUUCCGCCGCGGCUUUUGGUCAUUUCGACACCGAGUGUUACACUGCCAACGGAGAAGACUACAGGGGCUUCCAGAACCAGACCAGCCUGCAUGGUGGUAAACCCUGCCUCUUCUGGAAUGAGACUUUCCAGCACCCGUACAACACCCUCAAAUACCCCAACGGAGAAGGAGGCCUGGGCAGCCACAACUACUGCAGAAACCCUGAUGGCGACGUGCAGCCUUGGUGCUACAUUGCAGAUCAUGAAGAUGGGAUCUACUGGAGAUACUGUGACAUCCCUACGUGCCAGAUGCCCGGGAACCUCGGCUGCUUCAGAGACAGCGGCGACCCCCCUACUCUGUCCGGCACCAGCGAAACCUCCAACAAACUCACGAUCCAGAACUGCAUCAGCUUCUGCAGGAAGCAGAGAUACAAGCUUGCCGGCAUGGAGUCAGGAUACGCCUGUUUCUGCGGUAACGAAGUGGACCUGCGUGACCACGGAGAGUCGCCCGGCAUGGAGUGUAACCACGUUUGCUUCGGCGACCACACGCAGCCUUGCGGUGGAGACGGCUGGGUCAUCAUCUUUGACACUCGAGUGGGCGCCUGCGGUGGGAACUACUCAUCUCCAUCCGGAGUCAUCUACUCCCCCGACUUCCCCGACAAGUACGGGGCCGGCCGCGUUUGCUACUGGACCAUCCAGGUCCCCGGAUCCUCGGCCAUCCUCUUCAACUUCACUUUCUUCGACAUCUCCGACCAGACGGACAUGGUGGAGCUGCUGGACGGCUACACCAACCAGGUGGUGGCCCGCUUCGACUGCCGCAGCCCGCCGAGGGAGCUGGUGAACGUCACUGGCGACUUCGUCAUACUGUACUUCUACUCAGACCGCACCAACCAGGCCCAGGGCUUUGCUCUUCUUUACCAAGCGCUCAGAGGCCAAGACACCAGAACGACCGAGGCCAACGCAGAGGACGAGGGCAACGAUGUUCCUAGCACGGUGGGGCCGCGACCGGCCGGCGGCGUCACCGAGAGGUCCAACAGCACGUCCAACGGACGCUCCUCCCAGAUCCUCUACGUGAUCACGUCCAGCCCCGGUAAACCGGAGCACAACAUGCCAGGUCAGUGGGCUGGACGCGGCGAGACCACCGGCCACAGCGCUAUGUGGACCAUCUACGCUCUCGCUGCUCUCCUCAUACUGACCGUCAUAGCCAUGGUCGCAAAACUGCUGCUGCACGUCACAGUCAAGUCCCCGAACAUCCCGACGGUCAGCGGCUCCGACAGCUGCAGCCAGAGCACGGCGUCCUCGGAGCCUUGGAUCAUCCUGUACCGGCCCUCCACCAUCUCCCUCUUCAAGAAGAAGCUAAAGAACCACCACGGGGACCUCAGCCCUCUGGUGGGCAACUAGGGCUCCUGCUGCUCCUGCCGCACCGUUAACCUAUAACGCUACCGCCAACCUCAACUAUCUCUGCGCUGGGGGGGGCCGUCAGAUGCCGGUGCCCCUCGGAUGAAUGAAUGAAACUCUAUGAGGCGCUACGCUAACAUGCCAACACACGAGUGGCUAAUGACAACUAACUGAGAGACGCUGCUGCUGCUGAACGGUCCAAAGUGGCAAAGCCCUCCCAUCCUGCUCAGCACCAAAGAGGAGGGGAAGGGGAAGUGAGGCAGGGUUUGGGGGGGGAGUACAGGCAGGGCUUCCAGUGACCUCAGUGUUGGAGAGGAGAGCAAAAGACUGGAUGGAGGAAGAGCUGCAGCUUUAACAGAGAUACUUUUAACAUGCGGGAAGCCAUUUCCAUUAACCACAGAUGUCCCCACCAAUCAGCAUACCUCCAAAAAACAAAAAAAAACAAAAAACGAACCCUCCAGACUGCAGGAUCACCGGUGACAAUACGACACAGCCGUCUGCUACACAACGGCUAACUCCUGUCCAGUUCCAGUGGUAACCAAACCUUCACCGAGGGGACAGUGAAGAAGAGGACACAUGCAUUCACACACAUUCACAAACGCUUAACUCUUACUACUAACUGCCUCAUGCGGAUGAUGAACAGAAAAUCCUCCCAUCCAAAGAGUUGUAUAUGUAUUUGUCUUUUCAAAGCUGUAUGCAAAGUGCUUAUGUUUCGUUCUUUUUUUUUUUUGACGUCCUUUACACGGCAACUAGCUUUUCUGAGGAGAGGGAAACAGGACACGGAGGAAGGUAGAUAUCACAGCAAAUUAGGGAUGAAUCACUCGCCGCAAAACGGAAAGAUCACAGGGAACGAGGGCACGCUCGCCCACUCAGUCUCUUAGCGCUCAUGGAUUUGGGUGGAAAGAAGAAGAAGAAGAAGAAGCGUUUACUGGAGGGUAAAAGGGGGGUGUGAGUGGAGCAGUUUUUCCUGCAGACAAACUGCCAUUUAGAGAGGCCUGGGCAGAUCUGAGGGCUUUUUCUGCUCGGCCGUGGGUGGGAGUCUUUCCGGUUUGAUGGCGUUCAAGUGCCUUAAGGAUCUCCUCUUCCCUUGUCUCAGAUUCCUCACAUCUGUUUCUGUCACAAAGCAGACACGGGGUCCCCCUCGAAAAGUCUGCACUCCUUUACACUCAAUGUACAUAUGAAGAGUUUCAUUUCAAAAAAUAGGACUGUAAAUGUAAAAAAACAAAAAACAAAAACAAAAAAAAAACUCUUAGUUCCAACUAAUCCAGGCGGGAUCCUUUAUAUUUUUGUUACAUGACGAACAUUAGAUGAUCUUAUUUUCCAGAAUGAACACGUAGUCCUUUUUGGGAUCGAACUCUUCAGACGAGGCUUUAAAAGAUACGCUUGUUUCUACUUGGUGUGCUCUUAUGUGUAGUCUUGGACAUUUACUGAACAUAUUGUUCGCAUUAAGUUGUCUUUUGAUUACAAGGGGAGGGUGAAUAUUGUUGUAUAUUGUGUAAUUCAGUGUGGGAAUGAUAUUUAUGACCGCUCUUUCAUUUUGUUUUUUCUCUGCAAAGCAUUUGACUAAGUCCCCCUUUUUUUUUUUUUUUUGUUAAUCAGCCCAAAGGUAGAAUGUGUUUCUGCUCAGCAUAGACAACAGUAAAUUGUUUAAAUUCUGCGUGACACUACAGACUCUUGUCACACAGAUUUCAGGCCGAAAGGUUGAAAGCGAAACAGGACACCCAGACGAGGAUAUUAUCAACAGCACUCUGAGGUAAUGCCCACGAGCUGACAGCAGGUUUGCAGCUGGAACGGUUUUCUGUGCAUCGCUGUGACAUUUUAACUACUUGUGAAAGGUCAGAAUCUUCUAGCGCGCCAUCGGCAUGGUAAUUGGCCUUUCCUGUUGCGGGGCCUGCGUGUUUCGAGGACGUCUCUGCAGAGCGUCAUCCCGAAUGUUUUCCUCACUGGCAGGAUGAAUAAAUACAGUCCAGACUUCAAUGCACUUAAAUUCGCUUCCACUUUACUACUUCGAAACCAGUACUUAUUCACUUUUGCUUUCACUUUUCACUGACUCGUGCAGCAACCUGAGCACUUGAAACAAAAGGUUAUAUUUUACACACGACACGACUUUUGACAUGCGAGUCCGAAGAUUUGAAUUUUUUUUUUCAAGCGUUGGACGGAAUUCGAGACCCGUCCAAACAACAAAGAGGGUUUGUUUCCCCAAUCAGAAGUUUGUAAAACUGUGACUCCUUGUGUUAUAUUCUGCCUGUCUGCUCAACUGUAACUCAUGUUAAUUAUUGCAAGACAACAGCACAGCACAUGCCCCUGGGUCUGCGAUGUUCAGAGCAGACCAUGCGUGGAGCGGAGAUGUGAGAGCGAUGGGAAAUUAAUGCACGUUCAAAUCAAACACAAGCUAACGAAAUCUGACAGUUAAAAUCUAACAAGGGCAUGUUUGUUUGGAUAGCCUGGUGAAUUAUGCAAACUCCCAUUUUCUGUCCCGUCCUCUAGUCAAUUGGAAAAUUCCGCACCGUCUUCCGAGUGGCGGAAACUGUCUCGUCCCAAACUGUAGUUGUUGUCGCUGAAUGUCCUGCAGUGCUCGAUGACGUGAAAACAACACCAGGAGCCCUGCGGGAACUCAUCGCGAGGGUGUUAAAACAUUGUUUUCUUGAAAUUGUAAAUAGCAAAAUAGUGAAAAAUGUUAAUUUAUACAGUAAAUUAUUGUUAUUUUGUAUGUGAAUGGGAUAUAAUCUAUCUUUUGUAUAAGUGAAGUAUCUUUGUAGUUUUAUUUAAUGUGUCCUGGUUGCAAAAUAAACACUGUAUGCAUGUUUCUUAA